GCUAAACAAAGAUGGAGAAGAACCUCCACCUAAUAGGAUGCAAUUAUUUUAUCAAGCUGUAUUCGGAUUCGCUUACCAUGAAUCAGAUACAGAUCCUGAUUCACCAAGUGAUCUGUCUGAUUCUGAAGAAGAUUGCAAGCCAAAAAUCAGGCAUCCUGGAGAAUCAAUAAAAAAGCGUAAAACAAAGCCAAGUAAAAUUAAGAAGAAAAGACAAUGGGAAAAAGAUUUAUUUCAUCCGGAUGCUUACCCUUGGAAACCAAGACCCAAAAGAGCACCACGUGAUGGAAUUAGCUGGACUGUACGAGUAUACUUCACUGACUCACCAUCCGGUAUACCAAAAAGUGAAAAUAUUGCAUCUCUGAGAUUUCGUAAAUUAUCCUACAUGCCCCGAAUAAUUAGCAUAGAACAUAUGGACCCACCAUCUUCUAAAACUGACUAUUGUCUAGCAAUUGGACCUCGAGCAGGGAGAGAUGCUGGUGUAAUUACUUUAUUAGCCAAGAUAGACAGAGCGAUAUAUUGUUAUGGAGAACCCGUACAAUGUGAUAUUAAACUACAUAAUUCUUCCAUUAGGUUGAUUCAUAGUAUAGUUGCUGAAAUCCAUCAGUGCGUGCGUUCAAAAGCUUGUGUUAAUAGAAUUUUGAGGACGGUGAUUUGCAGUCGAUCAAUUACAGACUUAAGUCUAGUUGGUGGUAUGCCAGUAUUGCCAGGAUCUGAAAAUUCUCAUAUUAGAUUAACGCUAAACCCCUGGCCAACAUACGAAAGUGUUCAAAAACUUAUGAAAAAACCUGAAGGACCUAUAAGACCAAGCGGUUUAGCUGAUCCUUCAAAAGCAUGGGCUUUCAGGCUGCCAAAAACACCAGGUCAUGAGUACGCAUUGGAAGCCCCUGGUAGACAUGAAAGAGUGCCUCCACAAUACAUGCAAAGACGUACAUUAGCUCAGUCUACAUUUAGUGGGUUAUAUGAUUAUCUGCUUUCAAAGGGAGACAAUGUAACCAUAUUAAAGCCACUUGGCGAAGAAAAAGAAGGAAGAAUUAUCUGGGAAGGAAAUCCACAUGCUCAUUGUCGUUGUACACACCAUGUAAAGGAACCUGGAGAAAUAAGCCGAAUAUAUCAAAUACCUCCUGAAGAACCAUAUUCAGCAAUCAUCAACUGCAAAGAUGUGUAUCCUGAAGACGAAGAACCUAAUGAAGCAAGAGCCAGAAGAAAUUUACUCCAGCCACUGUGUAGACAAUGUAAAUUGCCAAUAAAUGUUGUUGAUUAUCCGGUACAGGUUACAUAUGAGGUUGUAAUACAGGCAAAACUUCUACCACAACAUCUCAAAAAUCCUUUAUCUUGUGAAUCUGCAAUCAGAGAAGCAGGACUGGGCUCUGGGCUACUUAUUGAUCCAUAUGGUGAUAUUAUAGGCCCAGAUGGACCAAGAAUUGUUAUACCACUAUUUUUGGGCUACAAAUAUCCACACCCUGAGGAACGUAUACCAAUAGCAAAUUAUCAUGUAGACUUAAGACAAGACUGUGCAGACGAAACAAUGCGAGAACCGAAAAUUCACGAGCCUAGUCUUGGAAAGGGUUUCUUUAUUUCCAAGACCUAUCCUAUAGCUCCGUGUAAUAUUGGAGAGAAAUAAACAGUUACAAUUAUUUUGCAUUAUAUUUUAUCUGAAGAAAUAUACUUUCUUUUAACUUGUAUUCUAUUAAACUUGUUGAAGAUCACACAAAAUUACAAAGUUAGACAAAAUAAUAACUACUGGAGAAACAUGAUAGGACUAAUUACAACUAGAGACUGAACCAAAGUAACUAUUAAAGUGUUUUUGUCAGUAAAUGGUAACAUUAUAAUGCACUCAUACUACUUGAAAAACCAUGAUAUUAUAACGAUUCGUUAAUAGAAAGUU